AUGCGACGUCAACACGUGACCAGCAGAGGUGAAGUUCAAGUGGAAGAUGCUGGAGGUGUUGAUGGAAAUUUCGACGGGAUUGUUCCCUUAGAUUAUGGAAAUACCGUCAAAUGGAAGAACACAAUAUGCGUUGACAUGGACAUUUCGCAGGUCACAGACCUUUCUGACCAGACCUCUGAGGAAACUGACGCCAUACCUCAAGAUAACUCAGCUGAUAUCAGCGCGUUCCUUCUCCCUGCUAUUGGCGCGUUACUUAUGCUCAUUUUCGGCGGUAUACUUUUUUCAAGCGGAACCGUCCCAUGCAAAACCAAAAAAAUGUCGGAGGAUAAGUUUAAAAGAAAAUUUGAACAAAAAUAUGGGCGACGGACGAUUCGUUUUCAUAACAUACCGGAGAAAAUCGCAAAAGAACCGUCCUCUGUGCUGCAGCAAGAAAACAACGACGUUGUGGAUGCUGUAAGGAAAGAAUAUCAAGAUUUACCGCAGUUCCAGCCAGUCAGCGGAUUAGUUGGCAACAUCGGGGGAUUACUUGGGCAGACAUGCGUAGUAAAUAUGUCUAAGGCGGAAGUCAGAGAUACAGGUGUAAGUCCAAUUCAUUUCAACACAAAAGAUUGCAAAAAGACUUCGUAUCAAGACAGGGAUUGCGUGAUGGAAUGUUUUAGCAGAGACGACCAUGCACAAAGAAAUCCCGCUGCAUCCAGCGGAAUUGGUACUGAUUCUCCGGAUAGUUACGAAGUCGAUAGUUUAGAAAAGUAUCCGAUCAGUGAACAUCAUUCUUUAAGUUUCCACGAAGGAGAAAUAAAUGAGAUACCCGGCAGGCAUAAGACACCUCAGUUUGACUAUGGAGUUUAUGGUGGAGGAAGAGCAAGUGUGCUCCAGUUAGAAAGUGCUCCUAGUACUUUAUGUGUUAAAGGCUGCAAUUGUUCCAUACAUGGGGCAGAUGUUGAAAAAAUGAGAACCAGUGCAGAGAAGCCUCGAGUUAACAAAACACAACUCACUUGGGGUGAUAUUGCACAAAGCUCAAAUAAAACUCAGAAUCAUGGGAGCGAAUGUGACGCAUAUACAGCGCACAGUGAUAUGAUAAAGCCUCAAACUCCAGGUGCGCAGAUAUCUGGAUCUUUAACGUCAGAGAAUAUGAGAGAAAUUAAUAAAAGUCCACUGAGACGCAUGGAUUUGGAAAAGUGGCUAAACGAUGUGGAAGAGUCCCGCAAUGAAGGAGGGAAGAUCAGCCCUUCGGCUAUUGACUCUCCUGACGAGGAAAUUGGAAGACCUUGGUGCGCAACUCAUGAGAGGGACUGUCAAUCGAGCCGGAGAAAAAUGCGUGCACCACUUCAGGAAAGUUUACAGCUGUUGGCAAAACUGCAGGUAAUUUCAGAAGAUGAUUUGCCUCUGGCUCAGAACUCAGUCCAUCGUGGAGGUCGCCUAAGCUGCUUGCAAACGGUAAGGGCACCAGGCUCACUGUGUUUGGGUCCAGGUAGUUGCAAAGGGCAUGGUGAGUUUCAGAUGACCUCCAGCCAAUCAAAUAAGACAAAUACGAUAACUGCUGAAAAUAGUUCUGAGUUUCUGAAUGACGAUCGUCAGCUUGUUACAUCAAGAACUGAGCGCCUCGCGAAAGGUGGAAGACAGAGUACUUUAAAUCUCCUUAGAGCGUCAAGUGCGAUGUGUAUUCAUGGAACUUCGUGUAGAGUUCAUUGCCAGAAAACGGGAGAAAAGUUUCCCUGCACACCUGAGAAAGGCUUUAAAGCGGCGUUACACUCUGAGCAAACAGAACUAAGAGGUGCCAGCAUUUUGGGUGCUGUCCAAAGUGAAGAAGAAGAUAGAGCGAUCAUUGAAACCACUGCAAGACAAAGUGAAUUUGUGAACACGGAUAUCAGAGAGAAUGAACUUCGAGGGGCGAGUAUCUUUGGUGAUUUCUGCUCUUUGAGAGAUAUGAACUUGAGAGGAGCGAGCAGCUUUGCUGAGCAACCUAAAAGAAAGUUCCAUAGUGGUCGCAGUUGUGGCGACGAAGCAAACAAUUUUCAAAUAAACUUGGAAGAAAAUAGGGGUGCAAGUUGCUUUGCACCGAUCGAUGAAAGUGUAGCGGAUACAUCAAGCGUGACACUAAGCUUCGCUGUGGAAUCUGACACAGAUAGUUUUUUUCCCGAUAAAAACUCGAGGCAGAAGAAAAAGGUGGUUCUAAGUAACACUCUACAUGACAACUUAGAAGUUAAAGAUGCAAAGAAAUACCAGACUGUGGAUGGUAGAAUCUCAACUGCUAAUGCCUCAGAAAAAAAGGAUGUUGGUCUUGUCCAAAGAGAACAUUCAAAAAAUUUUGAUCAGCGAAUUUUAAAAGUGGGUAAAGACACUCAAAUAAUGUCUACUCUUUUAAAUGCACUUCGACGAGAUGGUGAAAAGCGCAAACAGCAGCAAAAUAUCGACCAAGGAUCCAAUCAUCUUACGAGCGACAAAGAAGCUUUAGUAGGAAAUCUAAAAGUGUCUGUUUUGUACAAGAACGGUAAUUCUGUCACCUCUUUGCUUUACGUCUCUAUUUUGGGUCUUGAAGUUACUCUAAACAAAAAUGUAAUGCCAGAAUGCGAUGUUUACGUGAAAGUUUGCCUUUUACCAAAAUUUUCAACAUGGCAGCGUACAAGGACGGUAAACAUCACGGACAGCUUUGUUUUGAGAGACCAUUUUGUCAUGUCUGGAGUAAAAGCAAUGGAUUUAGAAGAAGCUAUCCUCAGAUUUAUGGUUGUGCGUUUGGGAGAGGACGACAAACCCUUUGCUCAGGUGGACGUGUCAUUAGAGGAACUUAAGUCAUGUGAUAAAUUCAAAAGGACUUAUGUGCUGCGUGCGCCUACCGACAACGCAUAG